CAGAGGCAGCGCUGUCACCACAGUGUUGACAGGUCAUUGCUGCAAACUCUUAAAAACACCGUACUUCUCUACUGGACUCCACCACUGUCGCCAUGCCCCGUCCGGGUCUUUAUCUCUCUCAGCACACUUGAUGCCACCACAGCAGACCAGCUACGAGUCCCACAGGCUGGACCUGGUCCGUGUGGAGGAUGGGGAAUAUGAUGCGAGGCGUUAGUGCCACGGUCAACGGCAAGACAAACAAAAUGGACAGCUCUGUGAAAGGUCCGGAGGACGACAUGGUGGUGGUGCUUGACGACUACCCAUCGCCUGAAAUCAGCGAGCCCAUCUUCAGGAUGGGGGAGAAGCUGAGACUCGUCGCUCAGGAGGCCUACUGGUGGAGAGUACGCUGUGUCUUAACACAAAAGGAGAACUACAUACCCAACAGCCAUGUGGCAAAAGUGUACCAUGGCUGGCUGUUUGAGGGGGUGGAGAGGCAGAAGGCCGAAGAGCUGCUGAGUCUACCUGGGACCAGAGUGGGCUCCUUCCUGGUGCGGGAGAGCGCCAGAGAGAGAGGUCUGUAUUCGCUCUCAGUGAAGCACAGGAUGGUAAAGCACUAUCGUAUCUUCAGACUGGAUAACAGCUGGUACUACAUCUCCCCUCGCUUGACUUUCCAGUGCCUAGAAGAUAUGAUCAACCACUACUGUGACUUUGCAGACGGCCUCUGUUGUGUGUUAACCGCCCCCUGUCUGUCGACUACCAUCCCGCCAUCUGAUGUGACUCCUGGAGCUCCGCCUGUAGUCAUGCGACGCAACUUCGACUGGAAGAAAAUAGACAGGACACAGCUGGUCAGCACGGACAGCUGCACGGAUAACAUGGUCAGCUAUGGGGUCAGGAACAGCAUUGCCGCCUACCUGUCCUUUUCUGGGACUGAAGGCUCCAGGGAGAGCAGAUCGCAGAGCAGAAAGAAAAAGAGUAAAUCUGUUUAUGCGAUCCCUGAACACAAUCGUGGAAACAUGGACUACGAGGACGACUUCUAGAGACAGCAGCAGGGUUUAAAAGACUGGAAUACUUUCUCUCAAAUCAACCACAUUUCUAAAGUCGGCAGCGAACCGACAUCCAAAACAUCGAAGUGUGUCAUACAUAGUUUCUGAUGUGAGCACUUUGAAGUACUUUAACAAUAAUGCAAAUUGCAUCACCAGUUUCACUCCACUGAUAAGAAGGGACUUGAUGGAGCUGAACUGGACGAUGGUGCAAUUGAACUGUGAUGUGUUUUCUGCACAUGAGCCAGAAAUAGGAACGGCCCGGCAUUAUGAUGGUAAAACGGAGACUUGAAUGCUACGGGUGUUUUGGGGGUAAUUAAUGUAUAUGUGACUAUAAGUGAUAUUCAAACUAUUUUAUUGUGUUCCUAAUAAAUGUUAUAUGGUAAAACUGUUAUAUUUUGUACAUUUAUAUAUUUUUCUAAUUUAAACUUUUUUUUUGCCACUUUGCCACAUUUUCACCUUAUUAGGUUUACAUGGAAAACAUGUUGGGUAUGCCUGUCUGAUGAGCCACCCAUGGACAACACACAGAUAAACAAAACAAG